UUUGGGUAACAGAAACCAACCCACAAUUGAAUCUUUGGUUCAAAUUCUUCUUGCGAAGGGGAGGAGGAGUUCCCCCGCAUCCGCUUCCAGAGGCUCGUAUGGUAACGAGGCUUCACACUUCUAUUAUCUCCUCCAAAAUAUCCAGCAAUUCCACAAAACAACAACAAAAAAACCCCAGCUGAUUGACCUGAGAAUCUUCCUCCCUCUAGGAUAUCCUGCUAAGCGUUGUCUUCUUGUUUCAAAACCUCCUGAAACUUGUUGGUUUUGCGAGAAAAACGCCCUCCGCAAAGAUGUCACCGGAAUAAAAGUUUAGUUCCAACAACCACGCGUUGCGAAUCGCCCAUUUCUGUAAAACUGGUGUCAUAAGCCCUUAUAUGCUACAGUCUUAAAAAAAAAAAACCUCUAUCCGUUUUCUACGUUACUUAAAAAAAAAAAAAAAGCAGCUUCCUGCUCGUCCUUUCAUCGCCCUAAUCCUGGCGACCCACCCUUUUUGGCUUCGAGACAGUUUCUGAAGCCUUUCCCUCCCGCUUCCUUUUCCCCGCGCCGCCUGCCACGAGGGGAAGAUAAUUUUGUCCAACAGGCUGCCGCGGCGACUGUUUUCCUCCACUUUAAAGUAAAUCCCCAACCUUCUUGGUGGUGAAGCGGAAACCGGUUAGUGGGUUGAUGAGAAAUGACGUGUGAAAACAAGAGUGACUUUGUACGAUUCCCGCCCGCCAGACAACUGGCCAGUCAUUCACUGGCCUCGCUGGUGGAAGGCAGAGGCAAAGGAGAAAGCUGGGAGGUGAGGCGCACCCGCUCAUCUUGGAGCUGAAAAAAAAAAAAAAAACCCCCAAAGAAAACAAGCAAGCGUGAGAACGAGACCUUCCCAAUCCGGGCAAAGUUUGUUAGAGCGGAGGUGGGGAACCCACCCGCCUCCUUCAGCUUGCGGGGAACUGUAAGGGCAUGACUAAGUUCCCGAAGAUGAUCACAUAAAGUCACGGAGGGGAAGGAGGGAGACUUUCUCCAUGUGCUGGAAGCUGCCGGAGAACUUUCUAACACCGAUUUCCCGUCCUUGCUGUGUGUGUGUGUUUUGGGGGAAAGGCAAUGACCGAAAGCAAAGAUGCGGUGGGGGACUCAUCUUCUCAGGAGCAAAAGCAAGACAAAGAAAGGAAGAAGAAAAGGAGGAAGAAGAAAGAUGUCAGGAAGGUGCGGAUUGUAGCUUCGAACCUGUUGUCUCCCUGGCCUGAAAUGGAGACCUCCAGGCAGCCAGCUAAUAAUAGACUGAAGACCACCAAAUACACAGCAGUGUCUUUCUUGCCCAAGAAUCUCUUUGAACAGUUCCAUCGCUUUGCCAAUGUAUACUUUGUUUUCAUUGCUUUACUUAAUUUUGUGCCGGCUGUCAAUGCCUUCCAGCCAGAGCUGGCUUUGGCCCCAGUGCUCUUCAUCUUGGCAGUUACAGCAGUCAAGGACUUGUGGGAAGACUAUAGCAGAUACCGGUCAGACCAGGAGAUCAACCAUAUGGAAUGUUUGGUCUAUUGCAGGGUUCCUGCUAUUUCCUACCUUGAUGGCUCCCUAAGUGUCAUACUAAGUGUCCACCACAGAUUUUGGAUUCUCCAUUCACCUUUUACUUUCUUCACUUUCACAAGACUACUAGAAAAUUAUGUUGUGCUACUAUAUUAAUAUGGUUCUCAUCUAGACUGCAGCCCCUAGGUUAAUUUCUUUUUUUCUGGCAAUAUAUUUCAUUUUCUUUUCACUACUUCCAUCUGUACAUUUCUCUGCAUGGGCUUUGUUUAUAUGAAAUCAUGCCACAAAAGUUCUAUUCUGUGCAUCUUUUUCUCUGUGGGAGAAAAAAAAGGCCGCCUUGAGAAAUUGGCUGGUGGAUUUGUGGAAGAUUUUUCCCUGUAGAUUUGUGGGAAAGUGUAAACAUGCUAUAUUGGCCUACCUCCUGAUGGAUUUUGGUUGAUCAGUCAUCCCAACCUUUGAAUUGAAAAGCCAAAAGGCAUUUUGGCUGACAGGAAAAAGCAGGACUGCUUUAAGGUGAUUCAAACAGGUACUUUGUCAAUCGUUUCUCUGCUGUAUGCACUAUGUUCAACUCUGGGUUUUGAAUUUGAGGCGCUGCCUUUAAUAGGACUUUGACCCAGCAUAACUUAUUUUAUGUUCUAUAAAUUGCAUUGAAAUAGUUGGGACCAUGUGAUCAAAGAACCACAUGGAAAUCAAACUAUUGAAUAAACCUGCUUAUAAUUACCACAAUGGAGUGAGAUUCUGUGAAUUACAAUGCUUGUGCAAGUCUCACUGAUUCCAUGUAUUAGUGAGUGCAGUCUUGCAGUGUUAUAUUCUUUUCCCAAAAGUAACUCCUUGACUGUCUUUUUAAAUUAUGUAUCUUCACUCAAAUUUCUUCCAAUUUAAUUGAUAUUGCUAAUGCUUGUGAAAUAUUUUCCUGCUAAUUUUAGGCAUGGGAAAUAUAUUUUUUUUCAUCCAAUAUGAACUUAAAUGUUGUUAGUGUAAACAUUAAAUUACCAAUGAGUGGAUACAAUACUUAAAUUACUGGAAUAUAUGGAGCAAUAUAAAAUCUGUUGUCAGUUAAGUUUCAUGCAGUGUGAAAUUAUGACUGAAUUCUAAAAUGCCUUAUUUCAUUAAUGCAUCUUUGAGAUUAUUUUACAGCAAAAAGAGCUAUAUUUAUAGUUACAGUAUAUAGUAUUCCUCCCCUAAUAAUUUUAAAUCUUGUUAUAGUAAAGUACAGUUAAACCUUUACUGACCCAACAGAAAAUGUGAUAGCAAAGCAUGAAAUAGUUAAGUUUUUUUUUGUCUUUUUAUUUCCAAGGUCUGAUUUGUGUAUUCAUUUAAUACCAUCUUGUCACUUUAUUAUUUAUAGGUGAAUUGGUGAAAAGACAAACUUUAUUGCCAGUUAUUAUAUCCCUAAUCUAACAAACCAUGUUUGUUAGAGCAUGACCACAUUAGAUACAGGUAGUUCUCGACUUACAACAGUUCAUUUAGUGAUCAUUCGAAGUUACAACAGCACUGAAAAUAGUGACUUGACCAUUUUUCACAUUUACAACCAUUGCAGCAUCUCCCUGGUCAUGUGAUCAAAAUUCAGACACUUGGCAACUGAAUCAUAUUUCUGACGGUUGCAGUCUCCUAGGGUCGGGUGAUUACCUUUUGCAACCUUCUUACAAGCAAAAUCAAUGGGGAAGCUAGAUUCACUUAACAAUCUUAACAGCUGCAGUGAUUCACUUGUGGCAAGAAAAGUCAUAAAAUGGGGCAAAGUUUACCUAAUAACUGUUUUGCUUAGCAACAGAAAGUUUGAGCUCAAUUGUGGUUGUAAGUCGAGGAUUAUCUAUACUGGUCACUGGCCAUAAUAAAGAUUGUGUUCAUGUUUCCAUUUGUCUUUAUUUUUAUGCUUAUGUUAGUGGAAGAUGUGUCUGGUUACAAUGUCUCAGCUAAAGAGCUAAGGUUUAAUUGUGCCAUGCAAGCCUGCAUUAAAAAACAUCAUUUAAAGCAGGGGUGUCAAACUCGCAAUGUCACGUGACGUGUCGCGACAUAUCAAGACUUUUUUUUCCAAUGGGGUGGGCAUGGUUUCGGCAUGAUGCCUCUGACCCAUGGGCCAGCAAUUUGACACCCCUGAUUUAAAGGGUAAAGCUCUCUUGUCCUAUUAUUUAAGUCCCCAUGCUGGCUGGAGAAUUCUGGAAAUUGAAGUCCACACAUGUUAAAGAUGCUAAGGUUGAGAAACAUUGAUUUAUCUAUGCAGGCUUGAAGGGCUAAAUGCCUUUUGCUUUGGGAGGAAGUCAAUGCCAGAGGACUGAUCUAGCAAAAAUAGUCCUUAAUGAAACUCGGCCACAAGUUAUAGUUUCCUGUGAUCUUCCUCCUUUGCGGGCCUGACUUGAGUCUGACUUCUUAACUGUUAAGAUCCAUUAUACCUGGGCUGUCAAAUAUCAGUUGAUAUUUUUAAGACUUUUCUGUUGUGGUGCCUACCCUUUUGAAUAUCAGUCCUCUAGAAAAUACAUUGGCCCAACCUGUUGCCUUUCCCAAGGCUUUAAAGACGUGGUCUGUCAUCAGGCCUGGAGGUCUGGGUGUGUAUCUGAGCCUGUGCGAAGGCUGUACUAAUCUGUGUUACGGUGUUUUACCUUGGUUGUGAAUUAUCUGUAUGUUUUUUUAAAUCACUGAGGUUUUUAUUCUGUUUUUAAUUAUUGUUAACCACUCAAAGUCACGCAUUUGGAAUGAGCAGUCAUGUAAAUAUUCUUUUUUGAAAAAAAAUAUUCAAAAAUUUAAAAAAUUCAGAGCAGCUUCCCUUUCUCUUUGAAUUUUGAUCAUAAAUAUACAUAAUAAAUUGAAGGUUGACAAGCUGGUUAGGCUUCCACCCCACCCCCUUGGGCUGUUUCCUUUCUGGACAUUUUACUGUAUGUUCUAGAAAACAGCAGGAGAUAUGAACACUAGAGGUGUGGUGAUAGAAUAAUAGUAUUCUGAAGUUUUAUUUCUUUUAGUUAUUUGGAUAGGUACACGCAGGUAGUCCUCGAUUUACAACCACAAUAGUGCUCAGAAUUUCUAUUGCUAAGCAAGA